AUGGGUAGUGCCAGCUCUAAGUUUCGUAAAUACAUACAGAAUGGGGAUGAGUUUGCAGCUAUGCAGAUUCAUCAGAGUUCACCGGAACUUAGAAAGAGCCUGGAUCCGAAUUUAAGCUACGGGGAAAGCCACCAUCACAACACAGCGCUUCACUACGCUGCCAAGCAUGGGAUGAAGCAUCUUCUCAGGAUGUUCCUAACUGAUCUCAGUGGUAACCCAAACAAAAAAAAUGGCCAUAACGAGUCCGUUCUGCAUUGUGCUUGCACUCUUGGUGCACAUAGAACGUAUUCAUCACAGGAACGACGAGCCAGUUGUGUCCAACUUCUUCUGCAAUGGAGAGGCCCUCUUCUUAAUAAUGGAGAACGGGAAAAGGUGGACAUCAACGCUCAAGAUUAUAAUGGGAAUACUGCUAUGCAUGCGGCUGCUUGGAAUGGGCUAUUUAGAUGUGCUCAAUUGCUUGUCAAUGCGGGAGCCAACCUUUUUCUGGAAAACAACGAGCGAUUAACUCCUUGUGAUGUAGCAAUGAAGUUUGAGCAUCACAAUAUCGCUCGGAUGCUAGAGGCAAAAAUGGUAUUUACUGAGGAGGAAACCGAUGUUAAUGAAGCAGAUAUUGAGAGCUCGGAAGAAGAAGCAUAUUCUGGACUCAGAAGUCAAGAUCUGCAGGAAGCUAAAGAUCAACUGCUUGUAGAAACAUCGGAUAUGCUCAAUAUUCCUCUUUUCACAGCUGAAGCGCUACUUAGAGACAACGAAUGGUCUCGGGAAUUACUACUGGAAAAGUGGAUGAAAGACCCAAGGACUUGCUGUCAACGAGCUGGAGUCCCCUUCCCUGGAACAUCACGAGAAGAAAAAACAGAUGAAAAUAUAGGAGAAGAAGAUGCUCUAUGCGGGAUAUGCCUUUCUCCUUUAAAAACAGUAUUGUCCCUGGACUGUGGUCAUAAAUUUUGUAGAAGCUGUUGGUCUACAUAUCUCACUUCAAGGAUUCAAGAGGGCGAUUCUAGCCUCGUCUGCCCAGCGUCUACAUGUAGACAUCUCGUUUGUCCAGAAGUAGUUGAAGGAAUGGUUAGCCCAACAGUUGCCAAAAGAUACCUGCAGUUCGACAUAAAGGCGUUUGUCGAGCAGAACAAGACAAUCAAGUGGUGUCCACGUGCAGGAUGCGGAAGGGCUGUUAAACUGCCCCAACUACUACCACAAGGAAAUAUGUCCCAUGCAGUCGACUGUGGCAGUGGUCAUUUUUUUUGCUGGGAAUGCCUUGGAGAAGCUCAUGCCCCUUCCAACUGCCAAGACUGGAGGAACUGGCUCCAAAAAAUCUCCCAAGUCCGACCAGAAGAAAUUACAAGUCAUGGUUCAGAGAGCGAGGACGCUGCUAAUUGUUUGUGGUUAGUGACGAACUCCAAGCCUUGCCCAAACUGUAAAAGUCCUAUUCAGAAAAAUGAGGGCUGCAAUCAUAUGAGGUGCGCAAAGUGCAAAUGUGACUUUUGUUGGGUAUGCCUAGAGAGCUGGAAGAGACACAGUUCUGCUACAGGUGGAUAUUUCAGGUGUAACAGGUUUGAAGCAGUCCAUAGAGCAGAUGAAAAACAAGGAGUUCUGAUAACUGAGUGGUUGCUGUUCUGGCAUUGGCUAGCUUCUACACUCAAGAGCUGA